GUUCCGAGUCGUUUCUCUAUGAAAGCGCGAAGUGACCUAUGAGGAAUCGGGGCGGCCGGGCUGAGCUAUGAGUGACCCUGUGGAAAAAAUGCUGAACCAAGCUGCUUUGGAAGCACUGUAUUCAGCUACCUACGUGGAUAAUUUUCUAGACACCGUGGAGAACUUACCAGACGAAGUACAACGUGAAAUAUCCAGCAUGAGAGAGCUGGAUGUUCGGUAUCAAGCUCUAUUACAAGACAUGGAGGGAUUGCGGGGACAGCUGGAAGGAGAAUUAGACUCCAUAUCCUUAAAACGCAUAAUGGUCCAGAUUCAGGACAAGUUGAUAUCGACACAAGAAAUUGGAGAUGAUAAACUCCAGAUUGUGCAACACAUUUUGGACAUUAUUGAGAACAGACAGAGACAGCUUGAACUCGACAGUAAAAACUUAGAUUUUGGUCAAGAGCCAGAAAAGCAAGAGGCCUCUAAAGAAACCCAGCCUGAGAGAGCAAGUAAACGAGCAAGGAGGACAAGGAACGAAAAUGCGGCUAAUCACAAUGAAAACUCAAAUGACGCACCUGUCACCCCACAUGUGGAAAAGGUGUCUACGAGUAAGAGCUCUGCACAAAAGAAAGCAACAAAGAAGAAGAAACGUAAGGCAAAGGUUGAACGAGAACGAGAAGAUUCACCAACAGAAAUACCCAUUGACCCAGAUGAGCCUACAUACUGUCUUUGUGAACAGGUUUCGUACGGAGAGAUGAUUGGCUGUGAUAACGAUCUUUGUCCAAUUGAGUGGUUUCACUUUUCAUGUGUUGGGCUUACUAACAAGCCCAAAGGGAAAUGGUUUUGUCCGAAGUGUCGUGGUGACAAGCCGACUGUCAUGAAGCCAAGAGCACAAUUUUUGAAAGAACUGGAAAAGUACAAUAAAGAGAAGGAGGAAAAGUCUUGAGCAGGAUAAUCUCUUGUCACCAUGUUGUAUAUAAGAUUGAUUUAAGAAUAUUUUAUGUAUAUUUCAGAGAAUGGUUUUUAUGUUCUCCUUAAAGGUCUUUUAUCACAUGUACUGGUUACAUCUCAUGCUCAAAGAUGUCUGUUCAUGAAUAUGGUAGAUAAUGCUUCCCUCCACCCAAACAGUAAAUGGAUUACUUUCAAGUUUAAGCCAGAGCUAGUAUUGGAUACAGAGUUAUAUUUAUCAAGAAUGUAGGUAUUUUAGGGGUGAAACUUACAUAUGACCAUUUCAUAUUGCAAAUGCAGUUCUUUCUUAAAUAUUAAUUGCUGAUCUUUCAUUCUACGCAUUUUGUAUAUAUGAUAAAAAAGGUCUUUAUUCUUUGUUGAUAAUUCAUAUUUUUAUGUCAUUUCUCCAAAGUUGUAGCAUUCAGUUCUGCAAUAACCAGCAGGAUUGUUUGCUUUUUGCUGUCAUGCGGCAGUUUACAGUUUGUAAGCUCAUACAUAUUGUGACUUGCAUCUUGCAAGCUAUGUUGGGAUAGUUUGCAUUUUGCAGGAGCUUAUAUUGUAACUUACAUUUUGUAUGCUCUCUUGUAAUAGCUCAUACUUUGGCACUUACAAAGAUAUAACUUACUAUCAGCAUAUCCCUAAACCAUGACUUGCACUCUGCAGCAGUCUUUACUAAGGCAGCUAGCACUUUGCAUGCUUUCAUAAAGAUGGCUUGCAAAUUGCUUGCUCUGAAGUUCUGGCUUGUACUUCCCAUGCUCACAUGUGGUGGCUAACAUAUUGCUUGCUCUCAAAAUGUGAGGUAGUCGUCUCAGUCUCUCUAAAUGGGGCUUGCAUUCUAGUCUGUCAUAUGAUGGCUUGUAUUCCCUGAACUUGCGGCUUGUAAUCUGUAUGCAUUCAUGUAGUGGCUUGCAGUUUGCCAACCUUCAAGAGUUGGCUUGUAUUCCAGAGUGAAUUACAAACUUGACUGUGUUAUUCCUCUACAACAUUUAUUAAGAAAUGGACUAUCAGAUAGUGUGUAAGGAUAAACAGUAUUGUUGUAUGAAAUAAUUUUCAUAAGAACUUUUUCAUAAAAAUAUAAAAAAUCAUAAAUACUUUAACAUCUCAUUACACAACAGAUGCACUUACUGCUGCUUCUCCCCUUAAUGAUGAUAGCCAUGGAAUGUAAAUACUUUAUUUGGAACCAGGAUUUUUUUUCUUUUUUGUUGAAAUGAGGAAAGAAUUUUUAUAUAUUUCAUGUACUGUCAAAAUCUGUUUGCAAAAAUAGCAAAUGCAGACCCAUAUGCAUAAACACCCAUAUACAUAAACAUUAGUGGACACAUGAGCACAAGUCGGCACACCCAACACCACACAGAUACACCAGCCAUACACCACCCCACUUUUACAUGCACUGUGUGUAUGUGUAUGCAUAUGAAUACAUUUGAAUGUUUGUACAUCCAUUUUGACUAUGAAGAACACUAAACCUCAUCUCUCCAUAUUCUUCUAGUUGGCUAAGGAUGCAAUAAAUCUUACUUCUCACCUUGGUAGGGAGAAGCAAUGUUUUGAUGUACUCAUUACCUGUAGUAAAUUUCAAGAUAGUUGUAAGUUCGUAUGAAGGGAUUUUCAACUAAGUCUAACAGUGGUGUUUGUGUAGUAACAUACAAGCUACCAAUAGGUGACAUCCUUUCAAAUGCACAUUUACCACUUAUGAUAGCAAAACUUAGAAAGGAACACACUUUUAGUGUAGAAUUUACCUCAAAUAGGAGUGAUGUGAUGUUUGGUAUUGGUAUAUGGAUCAGAUAUGUUAAGGCUGUCAUUAUUAAGGGUUUUAGUAUAUCUUUUACAUCUGUCUUCACAUGAUCACUGCAGAAUUUAAAAUAAGAAUAAAAUGAUUCCUGUAUCAGUGAGAAAUAAAUCAAGGCUGUUGGAUUUUAGGAGUAGGAAUAAUACUAUUGUAAGUGUAGCCCAGUACCUGAAGUACAUAGAAAUUUUACAGAAAUCAUUGUAGUAAUAUUUACCCCUCACACUUAGUAAUGGCACAGUGGCCUCUUAGCUUUACUAUAAAUAUUUCUGGCAUGCUUCUAUUCAAAGUUGCUAGGUAGUGUAGUCCUACCUACAAUAAUUUAGCAUAAAAAUAAUUGCAAUAAAUGGAAUCUGGUUCUUUCUCAUUAUGAGGUGGGGAUUAAAGGCCAUACUAAGUGCCCUGUCUUAUUACGUUGGUAAUUCUUAGCGUUUUAUUUUUAUGUUGUAUUUGAUAGUGACAUAGUCUUCUAGCAAAAACAGUAUAAAAUUAUUAUAUGUUACAAGUUAUU